AUGGACUCUGCAGUAGCCUACAAGAAAGCCAGAAGCAUCCUGGAAGAACGAUAUGGCAACAAGUUCAAGAUAGGAGAUGCUUGGACAAAGAAAGUCAUUAAUGGGCCAACAUUGCAGCCAAGUGACAAGAAAGGACUGCAGAAGUUCGCAGAUGAGCUGCAGGUUUGCUGCGAGACUCUACAGGCGGUGGACAUGGUUGCAGAGAUAAGUUCGCAACAACACCUUGUAAAGAUUGUAGAGAGACUGCCUUAUUAUCUGAGAGCCAGGUGGCUCAAGGUCGUCAAAGAUGUCCGUCACCAAGGUAGAUCUCCCAAGUUGAAAGAUGUGGUACGCUUUGUGACUGACGCAGCCUGUGAAAUCAAUGAUCCAGUCUAUGGAGAGCUGUUUGGAGACAAGAAGAAGCAGCCUCAAGGAUCAAAACAGUCACUUGGGAAAAGAUCAUCUCAAGCAGCUGGGGUCAACUUUGCUGGAUCAGAGAAGAAGAAGGAAGUGGACUGUGUUCUUUGUGACAAGGACCAUGGCAUCUUUUCUUGCAACCUGUUUAAGGACAUGAAACCUGAAGAACGUUUGCAAAUGGCGAAGGAUAAGCAUUUAUGCUUUAAUUGUCUCAAGCCAGGACACAGUUCAAGUAAAUGUUUCCUAAAUAGAACCUGCUCUGUGAAAGGAUGUAAUAGGAAACAUAGUAGGUUUCUGCAUCUUAAGAGGAAGGACGAUUCACAGAAGACAGAUGUUUUGAAGGAUACAAGACAGCAGUCAUCCAGUUCCAGUGAGACUGAUGGGACCACAGCAUCAUCAUCUCAGAAUGGGUUCGUCGAGACUGCUAAAAGCACCUUUGGUAAUGCCACGGGGGCCGGUAAAAGAUGUGUCCUGCCCAUUGUGCCUGUUCGAGUCCAAACAGCAUCUGGUGGUAAAGCAUUGAGAACAUUUGCUUUGUUGGAUACAGGAUCCACGAACUCCUUCUGUACCAAGAGCCUGGCGGAGAAGUUGAAUGCCAAAGGUCAGACACAGAGGCUAUCGUUGACCACCAUCGACAAUGAACAGACAUUGGAAACCAAGGUAGUGGAUCUGGUGGUUGAUACUGGCCCAAUGUCUGAAGCAGUUAGGAUAGAAAAUGUAUUCACUAAGGAGAGGAUAAACAUCAGGAGUGAUCACAUGGCAUCAGUAGGAGAGAUUUCUGGUUGGCCUCAUCUACAAGAUAUUAAUUUGCCAAUUGCAAGAGGGCAAGAGAUCGGUCUGUUGAUUGGUCAAGAUGCACCUGAGGCCCUCAUUCCUCUGGAGGUGAGAAAGGCAGAGACUGGACCAUAUGCUGUACGUACAAUUCUUGGAUGGUCCUUACAUGGUCCGAUAUCUGGAGAGGCUAAUCAGGGACAUGUCAAGGCUUCAAGCAGCUUUAUUGAUGGGGAUUGUCAUCUGGAGACGCAGCUUGAAAGAUUUUGGAAGUUGGAAGCAGAAACCGCUGAUGAAAGAGGCCUGUCGGUGAAUGACAGAAAGGUAACUGAGAUAUGGGCAAAAGGAAAGGCCAUGGAAGAUGGACAUUAUCAGCUGCCCAUACCAUUUAAACAGCGACCACCAGAGCUUCCAAAUAACAGAUGGGUAGCAGAGCAGAGACUGGUGAGCCUUAGCAGAAAACUGAGCAAGGAUGACAGAUUGCGCUCAAAAUACACAGAAGGCAUGAAUGAUCUGUUACAGAAGGGCUUCUGUGAAAAGGUGCCUAAAGAAGAUUCCUUCCACGAUGAUAAGGCACAAUGGUACCUUCCCCACCACCCAGUCCUGCAUGCCAUGAAGCCGGAUAAGGUGCGAAUCGUUUUCGACUGUGCCUCAAAGUGUAAUGGGACUGCUUUGAACGAUGUAGUCUACCAAGGUCCAGACCUAACAAAUAAACUCAUUGGAGUUCUUCUCAGAUUCAGACAAGCACCAGUGGCAAUAAUGGUUGAUAUAGAGGCCAUGUUUCAUCAGGUGAGGGUUCCAGAAGCAGAUAGAGAUGUGCUUAAGUUCCUGUGGUGGCCUUCAGGAGAUAUGACAGCUCAACCAGAGGUCUAUAGAAUGUGUGUCCACUUGUUUGGGGGGACAUGGAGUCCCAGCUGCUGCACUUAUGCCCUUCGCCUGACAGCUGCAGAUCAUCGGGCAGAGUAUGAUGAGGAAGUUGUCAAGAUGGUACAACACAAUUUCUACGUGGACGAUUGUCUGGUGUCCGUGGAUGAUGUACAGAGAGCUGUAAAGAUUGCUGCUGAGCUGAGAAGUUUGCUCUUGGAAGGUGGGUUCAGACUCACCAAAUGGCUAAGUAAUCAUCCUGAUGUGCUGGAAUCAAUCCCAGAAACAGAGAGAGCAAAGCAGGCAAAGGGAUUAGAUUUAAACCAUGAUGCACUUCCAGUAGACAGGGCUCUCGGACUGAGUUGGGACAUUGAAACUGACUGCUUCGUGUACAAGGCUGUACCGAAGAAGAAGCCACCUACAAGGAGAGGUUUGCUGAGUGUGGUUUCGUCCAUUUACGAUCCUCUGGGGUUCAUCAGUCCUUACAUCCUGAAGGCAAAGAGCAUUUUGCAAGAGUUAUGCAGAUUGAAGUUAAAAUGGGAUGAACCAGUACCUGACCGUGAAGGACAAGAAUGGGAAGACUGGCUGAAGGAUCUGCCAGAGAUGUCAAACAUGUCAAUAAAUAGAUGUAUCAAGCCACAUGACUUCGGGGCUGUGAAGGACUACCAGUUACACCAUUUUUCUGAUGCAUCAGAGAAGGCCUACGGAGCAGUGAGUUACUUAGUGAUGGUAAACACAGAAGGGACAGUGAAUUGUAGUCUGAUAUUGGCCAAGUCUAGACUCACACCCUUAAAGAAAGUAACAGUGCCGAGGCUUGAACUAAUGGCAGCAACUCUAGCAACAAAACUUGAUGGAGUUCUGAGACAGGAGCUAGAUGUCAACAUCUCAAAGUCGACGUUCUGGACUGACAGUACCAUUGUCUUGAGAUAUAUCAAGAACGAGGACAGGAGGUUCAAAACAUUUGUUGCUAAUAGAGUUGCAGCAAUCAGAGAUAAGUCAGACCCAAACCAGUGGCGUCAUGUGAGGACAAGUCUGAAUCCUGCUGACGAAGCCUCUAGGGGUAUGACUGCCAAUGAGAUGAAGGAAAACAAAAGAUGGCUACAUGGACCUGACUUCCUCUAUCAUGAUGAGAGUACAUGGCCUGAAGAUGUGACAGAUGUCAAACUAGGAAAUGACAGUGAUCUUGAGGUCAAAAGUGACGGGAAGUCAUUCAUGGUGGAGACAACUGAGACUGACCAUACUUUGGAAUUUCUGAGCCACUACUCCACUUGGUACAGGUUGAAGAGAGCAGUAUGCUGGAUUCGGAGGUUCUUUGUAUGGCUCAAACAUAAAUCUGAUCCACCAGAGACUUUGAAAGCUAGACUGACACUAGAUGAAAUGAGAGAAGCAGAGAAGAAAAUUCUUUCAUAUGAGCAAAAGAGAGCAUUUCCAGAGGAAAUAAAUGCCUUGAACACAGCACAGUCAGACGAUGGUGGAGCUAAUCAGAAGUGGAAGACAGUAAAGAAAAACAGUAAGAUCUACAAGCUGGAUCCUAAGAUGGAUGAUGGCCUCCUUCGAGUGGGUGGCAGAUUGAGUAGGUCUUCUCUACCACAUGAAGCUAAUCACCCAGUGAUACUGCCUAAAGACAGUCACGUGACUAUGCUUAUUCUGAGGAAAAUUCAUGAAGUAUCUGGUCACAGUGGCAGAAAUCACAUGAUAUCAAUCCUUCAUCAGAAGUACUGGAUAACAGGAGCCAGCUCAUUGAUUAGAAAUAUGGUGGGCAAAUGUGUCAUGUGUAAAAGGCAGAGAGGAAAGGUAAUGGAACAGCAGAUGUCCGAUUUACCUGAAGACAGAAUCAGACCAGAUGAGCCCCCCUUUACUAGAGUUGGUGUGGACUAUUUCGGACCUAUAGAUGUGAAAAGGGGACGCUGCAUGGAGAAACGGUAUGGAGUAGUAUUCACAUGUCUGGCGAUACGUGCUAUUCAUAUGGAGAUGGCACAUUCCUUAGACACUGACUCAUGUAUAAAUGCCAUCAGACGAUUUAUGGCAAGGAGAGGAAAUGUUAAAGAGAUCAGAUCUGACAAUGGUACCAAUUUAGUCGGAGCUGAGAAGGAGCUAAAAAUGGAAAUCAGAAAAUGGAACCAGUCACAACUCCAUGAUGAGCUCCUCCAGAAGGAAGUAAAGUGGACCUUUAACCCCCCAGGUGCCUCGCAUCAUGGAGGAGUGUGGGAGAGAAUGAUCAAGACUGUCAGAAAGGUGCUAUUUUCUCUCACUACACAGCAGAUACUGACUGAUGAAGGCCUGCAAACACUUUUCUGUGAAAUAGAGAGUAUCAUAAAUAGCAGGCCAAUCACCAUGGUAACAAAUGAUGUCAAUGAUGUGGAAGCGUUAACUCCAAAUCAUGUGCUUCUACUGAACACUAAACCACAGCUACCUCCUUCCAUCACUGUCAAUACGGAUGUAUAUGCAAGGAGAAGAUGGCGGCAAGUGCAGUACCUGUCGGAUGUAUUCUGGUCUAGAUGGGUAAAAGAAUACUUACCUCAACUGCAAGCCAGGCAGAGAUGGGUUUCCCCGAGACGCAACAUCCAGGUUGGCGACGUUGUCCUUUUGGUUGACCAAAAUGCACCGAGAAACUCCUGGCUACUGGGACGAGUGCUACAGACGAGGCCUGAUAGGAAGGGUCUCAUCCGUCAAUGUGAGGUCAAAACCAAGAUGGGUGUGCGGCUGAGACCUGUUAGCAAGUUAUGCCUAAUUUUGGAAGGGGAUCUGUGA